GCCAAAGCCGGGCUCAUCACCGCAUUCAUCAACACUAAUCAACGCUUGGAAGCGCUCACCCAUUCAAUCACUGUUGUCAACUGCAAGGCUGUGAUAUAUGAGCCACAAUUGGCCAAAUCGAUUCACGAAAUACUUCCUGCGGUGAAAGAGAAGAACCAAUCGAUGCGAUACUUCAGUUUCGGCGCUCAUGUGGUGCCCGAGGGUCGGGACAUACCGUCGCAGCCGUUGCACGAGCUGUUGGACCAGUCGUCCGCAACCGAUCCCAUCACUCUAGCGAAGGGCAACUUCUCGGACAAACUGUACUACAUAUUCACGUCGGGCACCACCGGUCUGCCGAAGGCGGCCGUCAUCCGCAACCAUCGGUUCCAGUACAUGGGUGUCAUCAUUAGAUCGCUCUUCAAUUUCACCCACAAAGACAACAUGUACUUAACGCUACCCCUGUAUCACAAUAACGCCGGUACUAUGGGCUGCGCUCAGGCCGUCCUCUUUGGCAUAACCCUAACACUAAGGGAUAAGUUUUCGGCCUCUAAUUUCUGGGACGACUGUAUUAAAUACAAUUGCACCGCUGCGAUGUACAUUGGUGAGAUUUGUCGAUAUUUAUUGGCUCAACCGGAAAAGCCAGUCGACAAACAACACAACCUGAGGAUUAUGAUCGGCAAUGGGCUCCGCAAGAAGAUAUGGACCGACUUUAAGACCCGAUUCAAUAUCCCACAAAUCGGCGAGUUUUACGGCUCCACUGAAGGCAACGCUAAUGUCGCCAACAUAUCCAACAAAGAGGGUGCCUGUGGUUUCGUGCCGUGUUGUAUACCGUGGUUUUGUCGUCUCGUAUAUCCAGUGGUCGUCAUGAAAGUGGACGAAAUGACCGGCGAACCGAUCCGCGACGCCGACGGUCUCUGCAUUCCCGUAAAGGCGGGAGAAAUUGGCGAAAUUGUGGGCAAAAUUCAAGAGUCAGAUCCGGCCCGAGCCUACCCGGGCUAUCACAACGUCGAGGCCACCAAAAAGAAAGUGGUGAAAGAC